UACAGUUGAGCCACGUAAAGGGUUAAGUGUUCCAGGAAGAGAAUCACACAGCAGUAUCUGGUGGGGAGGAGCAUUACUAACGUCACUUUGUUGUACUGAAACUGAAGUAGAGAGACGUACAGUAUCUUGUUUACGGGACCAAACUGUCCAGCACUUCAGAAAUCUACUAAAUAGCUACAUGUUCAGACUACACGCUGAAUCUCCUACUCUUUGACACCAAGGACAGAAAGGACAGACAUAUCAUCCACAAAAACAUACAGAUAUGGCCACCUCCAGCAGUCUCCUGUCUGAAGAGCAGUUCCUGUGCUCUAUCUGUCUGGAUGUGUUCACUGAGCCAGUCUCUAGUCCAUGUGGACACAACUUCUGCAAGGCCUGUAUCACAAAGUACUGGGAUAGCAAUGACCUGUGCCAGUGUCCCAUGUGUAAAAAGACAUUUGAUAAGAGACCAGAUCUGUUCGUCAAUACUUUAAUUUCUGAGAUGGCUGCUCAGUUCAGACAGACAGUUGAAGUGAAAGCUACCAGCAGCCCGGACCAAUGCUCUGCCAUGAUUGUAGAAGUGUCCUGUGAUGUCUGCACUGGGAUGAAGCUCAAGGCCCUGAAGUCCUGCCUGGUGUGUCAGACCUCUUACUGUGAGACUCACCUGGAGCCUCAUCAGAGAGUCCCAGCCUUAAAGAGACACAAGCUGAUCAACCCUGUGGAGAACCUGGAAGACAGGAUGUGUAAGAAGCACGACAGACCUCUAGAGCUGUUCUGUAGGAGUGACCAGACUUGUGUGUGUCAAUUCUGCACUGAGACAGACCAGAAGACUCAUGACACUGUCCCGCUAGAGGAAGAGUUUGGAGAGAGGAAGGCUAAACUGGGGAAGACUGAGGCAGAAGUGCAGCAGAUGAUCCAGGAGAGACUGCAGAAGGUUCAGGAGAUCAAACACUCAGUAGAUCUCAGCAAGAGAGAGGCAGAGAGAGAGAUAUCAGACAGUGUACAGGUCUUCACUGCUCUGGUGCGCUCCAUUGAGAGAAGUCAGGCUGAGCUCAUUGAGGUGAUUGAGGAGAAGCUGAAAGCAACAGAGACGCAGGCUGAAGGGCUCAUCAAAGAGCUGGAGCAGGAAAUCACUGAGCUAAAGAGGACAAGCACUGAGCUGGAGCAGCUCUCACACACUGAGGACCACCUCCACCUCCUCCAGAGCAUCCCAUCCCUGUGCACCCCCCUACCCAUCAAGGACUGGUCUGAGAUCAGUGUUCACAGUGAUCUGUGUGUGGGGACUGUGAUGAGAGCUGUAUCUCAGCUGGAGGAGACACUGAAUAAACAGAUGGAGAAGCUGCCUGAAGUCAAACUGAAGAGGAUACAGCAGUAUGCAGUGGAUGUGACUCUGGAUCCUGAUACAGCACAUCCGUCUCUCAUCAUGUCUGAGGAUAGAAAACAGUCGGAGUUCUCCAGUGCCGCCAUCCUCCACCAGGGGAGGAGAGACCAGGUAGCAGAGUCAUGUCGGGCUCAGAGUGCAUCCAGCCGCAAGCGCCGGGUCCUGACCCCUGGUGACCUCAAACACCUGGUGGUGGAUGAGGAGCAUGAGCUCAUCUACUGCUAUGUCCCCAAGGUGGCCUGCACCAACUGGAAACGCGUCAUGAUGGUCCUCACGGGACGCGGCAAGUACAGUGACCCUAUGGAGAUCCCUUCCAACGAGGCCCACGUCCCAUCCAACCUGAAAUAUCUGAACCAGUACAGCAUCGCUGAGAUCAACCACCGCCUCAAGAGCUACCUCAAGUUCCUGUUCGUCCGGGAGCCCUUCGAGAGGCUCGUCUCCGCUUACCGCAACAAGUUCACCCUCAAGUACAACUCCUCCUUCCACCGUCGCUUCGGCACCAAGAUCGUCCGCCGCUACCGCAAGAACGCCACGCAGGAGGCGCUGCUCAACGGCGCCGACGUCAAGUUCCGGGAGUUCGCCGAGUAUCUUGUCGACCCGGCCACGCAACGCGACGGCCCGCUCAACGAGCACUGGCAGACGGUGUACCAGCUGUGCCACCCCUGUCACAUCCACUAUGACCUGGUGGGCAAGUACGAAACCCUGGAGGAAGACGCCAACUACGUUCUGCGGCUGGCGGGGGUGGGCGAGUCGGUGCGCUUCCCGACCUACGCCAAGUCCACCCGCACCACAGACAGCAUGACGGCCCAGUUCUUCAGCAACAUCAGCUCCCAGCAGCACAGCCAGCUCUUCCAGCUGUAUAAACUGGACUUCCUCAUGUUCAACUACUCCACGCCAAGCUAUCUGCGACUGGACUAACGACUAGCGGACCAGGACAUGACUAGCCAGCUGGGACUCUGGGCACGAUCCACUUUUAAUAAGAGAAGAAAAAAAUAACUGAGAGAGAGGAGAAUGGAUAUUUUUGCGAAAGCUUUAUUCAAAAACUGUCGUCACUGUUUCUGGGGGUGAACAGGAAGGGCUGAGGUGAAUGGGAGGGACAGAGAUUGAGGAAAGGUGCUGGAUCCGAUUUGAUGUGAAAGAAUCUUUGUUAUCCAAUCAGCAUUGUCCUGAAGGUAAUAAAGGAGGAAGUGGAGAUCCUAUACCAUGAGAAUGCAGGGUUCGGGUGGAGCUGAUGUCAGAGGUUUUCUAAGAGGGGAAAUAGAGGAGAGAAGCAGGACUCUUGGAGAGUGAUUGAUGUGUGUUCUGUAUGUAAAUGAGGUGGGACUCUUGACCAAUUAGGCUGCUUUGGAUUCUGCACAGCAAAUGGUGGCCUCGCAUGCACGCGCCCUGGCCCCAAAGCAUCAUGGGAGCUGAGCUUAUUUUAUAACGAACAAUAACGAAACUCCGUCAAAUUGUAAAACACAUCCAUGUCCUUCAGUGUGCUGUAUCCUGGGUGUGUUUGAUAGCACCCACCAAUUAUACGUUUGAUAAGUAUACUGGCUCUUGGCUCCACCUCAAGCCCUCCUCAUUAUAGCUGUCUAUUGACUUUGCUCUAAAGACCUCUAGAACCAUCAGGUGUAAAGAGUGGAGCUACAAUUUACAGCCAACUGCUCUAAAGUAGUAGCUAUGCUGUCAAGAUCGCCAUCGUCAUAGGUGAAAAGAAGGUUUGCCAGGUGAGGCCUCAGACUCCCACAGCAGGAUCUGAAACGGCGGCCAUUUUAGAAAGACACUGAGCACCCUCAAGGCUUUAAGCCACAGGAAGUGGUCAGAAGGAGAAAGGAAGUGCCGUUGUGAAUGGGUGCACCGGAUGUGAUUGACAGGUGUUAGGGGCCUCCCACUGACCCAGAGAGGAACUGAAGAAGAGAUGGCCCGUGUGGCUGUGAAAGGGUUUAAGGGACAGGAUCUUAUAACCCUGCCCACGCCACGCCCUUAAACCAGGGAGGGCCAUAAACCCCCCCCCGCUUCGACGACCAAUCAUGUAUUUUAGUAAAUUAAGUCUAUUUUUUUUUUGUCUUGGUUUUAUUGUCUUAUGAAAACAUUGCUGUGAGCAGCAAUAAAAAAAAGAUUAUUUAAAUUACUUUUACUGUCGGGGAGUGGGUGGGGGGGAGAGGAAGAUUUUAAUAUUUGUUUUCUUGGCAGAUGAACGUUUUAGUAGAUUUUUAAAGAUAAAAUUGUUUUUAUGAGUUUUGUUUUUCAUGUUUUUUGUCCUGAGUUGCCUCCGGUACACUGUUAAUGAUAACAUUUUAAUAUUCUUCCUUUUUCCGAAGGGCGUACAAUAUAGUGAAGUCCGUGGCUUUGGUUUCUCUGUGCGUGAGAGCUGGGACAUCCCAUGGGAUUUAGAGUUAUUCCCUCUCUCCCCCUUAGUCAACUGAGUCUGAUGCCAAAGGGUUGGAACACUGCCAAUGACAGAAAGGGACAGAGUCAACUCAACUCUUAUCAGUACUUUUCGGUACAUCCAAUUAUUUACAAAACAUUUACAAUCCUGUGAUUGAAAACAUAAACUAUUGCAUGAGAAAAGUAUUCCACAUACAUAUCUACAUCGCAGGCUACUACUCAGAAUCAGAAACAAGAGCAGUGUUUGCCUUGAUAAUGAUCGAUAAUGGAACCGUCUACCUUUGAGUCUGGCGGUGAAAGUCAGGUCUGUGUUCGCCCUCAGGUGCAAGUGCAGUGUCUAAUCAUUACUCUGUGUAGUCUAUGGGAUCACAGAGAGUCAUAUAGACAGUGCAGGAGUGGGCGACGGAGGGCGAGAGAAGACAACUUAUUUAGCCAAGCUGGGAGGGAGGGAGUCCUCUUUAUUCUUUACACCCCUUUGUCAUUCUUCCUCCAUUCAGACUUCAAAGAGAGAGGGACGUUUAUUGGGAAAGUUGUGUAUUUUUAUAUUGCUAGGUCUGAGCAGAAGUAACAGCUGCACAGAAAUGAUUCACUUCUAUAUUCAUCUGUCCCUCUGACUGUUAGUUUAGACAGGCGUGGUGACUAAUGACAAGCUCACCUCAUUCUGUCAUAGCUUCUAAAAUAUUGGUGUCAGUUGUGUCUGUUUGCAUGUGUGUGUCGUUAUAAUUAGCAACUGGUUUGGAGGAACAAGGCCCUCCACAUCUGGCUCUGAUAAAGAGGAAGGCUGCUGGUUUAGAGGAACAAGGACCUCCACAUCUGGCUCUGAUAAAGAGGAAGGCUGCUGGUUUGGAGGAACAAGGCCCUCCACAUCUGGCUCUGAUAAAGAGGAAGGCUGCUGGUUUGGAGGAACAAGGCCCUCCACAUCUGGCUCUGAUAAAGAGGAAGGCUGCUGGUUUAGAGGAACAAAGCCCUUCACAUCUGGCUCUGAUAAAGAGGAAGCCUGCUGGUUUGGAGGAACAAGGCCCUUCACAUCUGGCUCUGAUAAAGAGGAAGGCUGCUGGUUUGGAGGAACAAGGCCCUCCACAUCUGGCUCUGAUAAAGAGGAAGGCUGCUGGUUUGGAGGAAGAAGGCCCUCCACAUCUGGCUCUGAUAAAGAGGAAGGCUGCUGGUUUGGAGGAACAAGGCCCUCCACAUCUGGCUCUGAUAAAGAGGAAGGCUGCUGGUUUGGAGGAACAAGGCCCUCCACAUCUGGCUCUGAUAAAGAGGAAGCCUGCUGGUUUGGAGGAACAAGGCCCUCCACAUCUGGCUCUGAUAAAGAGGAAGGCUGCUGGUUUGGAGGAACAAGGCCCUCCACAUCUGGCUCUGAUAAAGAGGAAGGCUGCUGGUUUGGAGGAACAAGGCCCUCCACAUCUGGCUCUGAUAAAGAGGAAGGCUGCUGGUUUGGAGGAACAAGGCCCUCCACAUCUGGCUCUGAUAAAGAGGAAGGCUGCUGGUUUGGAGGAACAAGGCCCUCCACAUCUGGCUCUGAUAAAGAGGAAGGCUGCUGGUUUGGAGGAAGAAGGCCCUCCACAUCUGGCUCUGAUAAAGAGGAAGGCUGCUGGUUUGGAGGAACAAGGCCCUCCACAUCUGGCUCUGAUAAAGAGGAAGGCUGCUGGUUUGGAGGAACAAGGCCCUCCACAUCUGGCUCUGAUAAAGAGGAAGGCUGCUGGUUUGGAGGAACAAGGCCCUCCACAUCUGGCUCUGAUAAAGAGGAAGGCUGCUGGUUUGGAAAAACAAGGCCCUCCACAUCUGGCUCUGAUAACGAGGAAGGCUACUGGUUUGGCCUACAUCUCCGACCCCAUCCACUUACAGAAACAAUGGGAGCAUUCUGAGCUCACACACACACACACACACACACACACACACACACACACACACACACACACACACACACACACACACACACACACACACACACACACACACACACACACACACACACACACACACACACACACACACACACACACACACACACACACACACACACAGAUGCCACACAGCCUCUUACUCAGCAGCUGUACUCUAGUGAGGGUUGGUAAGUGAGGUAUGGGGGGAGAGGGGGGUUUGGUUGGGUAUGGACACAUUUAAAACACCACACACUCAGCUUAUCUCUAACUGCCUAUUUAGCCUCCAAAAUGAGACACUUUACCCAAAGGCUUCACAACUCUGCAAACAAACUGUUAUGGAGUCCUCUCCUAUGCUCUCCUCUUGACUCCAACCUCUCUCCCAAAACAGCCCCAUAUAAAAACAGAAGUGGGUUUUUGGACAGUGUCAGUGAUCCCUACCCUCCCAACAGGAAAAGGGCUGGCUUAUACAAACAGAGCUGUUAAAAUCCCACAGAGGCCCAACCUAACGAUCCCUGUGGAAAUACUGACCGGAUUCAAACCUUUUUUAUUCUCCAUUCUUAUUCCAUAUCCUAGCUCACUCUACCUAUAAAUCCAACGAAUCCAAUUCUGACAUGUCCAUUUAGUGUUCUUGUGCUGUAAGUAUUUAUUGACCAGUGUACGGGUAUAUUUAUGUUGUUGGAGAACGACGUCUAUUGUUGGACUGAAUUACAUAUUUACUGUGUUGCUAAAUGCAGAAGCACAGGAAGUGCACGCUCCUCUGCACAUAGGUAAACAUAUCCACUCUGGGGCCGGGGGUUUCUAGCCAGAGAUAAGCAUGGAUGGGGCAGUUAUCUGUCAGUGGUUUUUUUUGUGAAUAGUUUAUCUUUCUGUCUGAGAUAUUCUUAUUCAAUCAGUAUCUGUGCAACAGUAAAAACAUCCCCAUAAUGCCCAUGGAACUCCCUUUGUGUUACACAUAAAAGGGUCCCCAUGUUGUUUCCUGCUGUUACGAAUUAGCCCUUUGGUACCAACUCUCAGACCAUGAGGCUUUUCAGAAAUGUUCAAAAUAUUGCCAACUGUUGAAAUCACUGGAAGGUGGUUAGAGCAGAUCUCCCACUCAACUGCACAGAAACCAAAGCCUGGAAUGGUAAUAGAGCUCAUUUAUUUACCUUUUCCCUGUCUUAAUUAUGUCUUUCUAUGUUGUUCUGUUGUAUUCCUCUGUCAGCAACACUCCACAGCAGCUUCCACACUUUUCAUUGACCUCAUAGAAAUAUAACAUAUAGAUAGAACACAGUUUAUGAUUAUGUCCAAUCCAUUCUAUGGUUGCCUCCUGCAUAGCCUACAGUACAUGACCACAGGGCACUUCAGUCACCACAGGCAGUACCUUUUAUAGGGUCACCACAUUUCAGUCAAUGGGUGCUGAAAUGAUCUGUGCCUUUUCAUUCCUCUCAUUGGAGCACCUUACUGUCAUCUGAUUGUCAGUCCACACACACACACACACACACUCUCGCUCUCCCUCUUCAACUGUCAGAUUAAAGUUGUAUUUCAAAACAGCAUCCCACACACUAACACAGUCGGAUCACCUGUAGAGAGACUCAUGUGACCACAUCAAGAGGCUUUGCAAACUCUGCUGUCAGAUACCAUGUCAUCGGCCAGUGUGUGUGUCGGAGAGGUCACAAUGUGCUGUACCAACGAGUGUGUAUCUGAGCUGUGUGUGUGUGUAUUGGAAAGGUCGCUCUGUACUGUACCUGCGCUGCCUUAGAGUAACUCAUUCCAACAGGCUACGUUGUAUUUAUUCAUUCAUUCACCACCGACUACUCAUAACAUUCCUCCUGGUGGUCUCCAUGGCAACACACCUGGACUUUUCUCACGGGACAGACUGUCGGUUCAUCAUCAAGGCCCUCUCACCAAAAACAUGAAUAAUUGAAUAUAUCGACUGCAGGUAGUGGGAGAAGAGUUGUGAUUCCCCCAGCAGUGUUCCGUGGUUCAUUCUGUCUGAUGUUUUCACAAUAAAAUGCCUCAGAAACUCAAA